AGCGUCCAUAUCGCGAAGCAACGGUGGCUUCUCUAACUGGCGCAACUGAUGACGCGAACGAAGUGGCGGUAUAACAGGACUCACUUCGCAAGCGUUCUGUUUCCAUACCGCUGCAAACGGCUCCAAAAAGCACCAUGAAAGUGCUGCUUUUCGCAUUCCUCGUGAUCAGCACGUACGGAUUUUUCUCGACCUCUGCUGAAGAUCCAGAUUUGUGCUCUUUCGACGAUGUCAAGCUUGGAAUUUUGUUGAGGUGCAUCAGGGAGAGAGCCUGGCUUAUGCUGCGCAAUGGCCUUGACCACCUUCUACACGUCUACCAGUGCGAAAGCGACACCUGCGCUUUCAACAAGAUCUGCGACGAAGGAGCCGUUUCAACUGCCUUGGAAAAGUAUAUGAAGCCGAAGCCCCGCAGAGAGUUCUGGGAAAUCGGCCAGAAGUGCGAGAAGGAGCUGCCUCCAGACGUCCUGGCUGUUUGACCACGCUAUCCUCACAUAUGUCCAUCGCCGCUUGCGGCCAUUUACUCGGAAUAGCUAUAAAAUGGUCAAUUUUUGUGCUGCUGUCGUAUUGUCAUU